ACCGCCUGUUGGAUGGGAAAAGUCAGCAGGUCAUGUUACAGAUUUGACAGCCUCUCAAAAUGUCUGACGUUGCCGUGACAAUCAUUCUCACCUUACUCAUCAUUGCGGACAUCAUUGGUAACUGUCUGGUUUGUUUUGUCAUAAAGACAAACCAAGAUAUGAGAACUCCCAUCAAUUACCUGCUUGUAAACCUGGCCAUAUCAGACAUUACGUUCGCGGUAUUUGUGGCACCAAACCAUAUUUUGAAAAAACUCUUCAUCCAUCCAGACGGAGCAAUUGGUUCAAAUAUCUGCAAAUUUCUAACGAGUGGAAACAUGGCCUGGGUGGGUGCAGCUUCAUCGUCUGUGACCUUGGUUGUAAUAGCAGUUGAACGUUAUUACACUGUAAUGUGUCCUAUAGGUAACACAAGAAAACUAAACAAGCGUACAGUAAUGAUAAUCAUUUGUGGAUGUUGGAUCUUUGCACUGGCUUUAAAUUCGCCAAUGAUCUCAGUGACGACAUUCGAUGACGAAAGUAGCGACUGCAAGUGGGAUUGGCCUGAACAGUGGAUGGGUGCGGCAAAUGAGACCACGUGGCUUGUACUGUUGGCCUGUAUUCCUUUAGCGAUAAUGACAGGAUUAUACUCAAGAGUUGUGUACAGUUUAUGGUUUAAACGAAAUGAUGACCAGGAACUGGCCUAUCGUCAGAAGGGGGUCCUUAAGGUUAGGAAACGAGUCACUAUGAGUGUGAUCACUGUCAGUGCCAUAUUUGGAAUCUGUUGGAUUACUGGCCUUCUUAUUUACGUACUGAGCUACUACGACAUCUACAUGUUUGGGGACGCUUCUUACGCCAUUUCAGACACUCUGUUCAUGUUUAAUUCAGCAGUAAAUCCUCUUGUUUAUUCUCUGCUGAAUGAGCGUUUCAAGAGGAAGAUCAAGACCAUGUUUUGCAGUAAAUGUACAUCCAGGGUUCAUACCUCGAGUGAAAGUGCAAGUAUAGAACUACCUAACAACCCGUCCCGUACCAACAACACUGCCGCUGGAUAUAUCGAUUAAACGUUUUAAUGACGUGUAUAUAUAAAGUAAUAUAUUAAGGCGCAUGCUCGACAAUUAUCAUCAACGGAAAGUGCUAAGGUUAUCACAAAAUUAUGGUUCCCUUGAUCUAGAUUUAACCGAAAUUUGGAACAGAACAUUUUCACUAUCUUUAUUUCAUUUUUACAGUAGAUUUAUACCUACUCUACCCAUUCAGAACAUUAUGUACUUGCAAGAGAAAAUAAGGGGUUUCAAGUAAAUUUCACUUGAUACUUGAUAAGUACAUUGACGUUCACCACCCACGUGCAUGUAUCUGUUUAGCUACUCAUACAAAAGUAUUUGUUGACGAUUUAAGCCUAAAAGUAUGAAGUCAAUAGACGACAGAAAUUAAGACUUGCAUUUGAAAUGCGUACCUCAUAAGAUGAAGUGUAAACAUUUCAUUGCAAUGGAAGUGUACAGUGGUAUAUUCUUGCAAGCGAAGGGUUCUUUCCAGAGGGACUCGUGACAAUGUAUAGACUAUAUAUAAAUAUUAAACUAACUUGACGAUAUCAAACAUGAAACUCAGUCAUCACUGAAUAUUAACAAGAUACUUAAAAUUCAUAUCCAACAACGCGAACUUCAGGUAUUUUAAUCAUUGUGUGAGUUAGAGUCAAUAGGGUUCCCGUGAAGUAACAUUUAUGCGAUUUUUUAAAUAAGCAUAAUUCGUGAAACUCUUAUUCCACUUUCCAUUCAUCAUAAGAAAGAAAUACUCAAA